AUGGAGGAGGUCUACGUCUUCGGCGAUCAAACCGCCGACUGUCGGGCGUUCUUCGCCAAGGUCUUCUCCAGGAAGGACGAUGUCAUCCUACAGAGCUUCCUGGAGAGGGCUGGCGAAGCCGUCAGAGUCGAAAACCGAGCCCGAUCCCAUCCUUCGAAAGCAGUCCCUAAUUUCUCUACCAUUCAAGAACUAGUCGAUCGUUAUUACAGAGGCGAGGCCAAAGAUCCCGCCGUUGAGAGCGCUCUUGUUUGUAUUUCGCAGUUCACUCACUUCUUCGGUGCUUUCGAGGAGAGAACACCCUCAUACAUUCCUCAUAAUGUAGACGCCCGGCUGGUCGGUCUAUGUACCGGUUUAAUUGCAGCUGCCGCGGUCGCCUCUUCAGAUUCACUUACAGCCCUCCUUCCCCUCGCCGUGGAGUCUGUCCGCAUUGCGUUCCGUGCAGGUGCUCAUGUGGGCAAGGUGGCAGAGCAGAUCGAGUGCGAUUCCAAGCCCCAGUCAUGGUCGACCAUCGUGGCUGCGGACGAGAAGUCCGCGCAGACUGCUUUGGACGCGUUUCACAAAGAGAAGGGCACUUCACCUACCAACAAGCUGUGGAUCAGCGCCUCUUCCGCAACCUCGGUCACCAUCAGUGGGCCGCCGUCUACGAAGGCCUCGCUAUUCAAGGACUCCGAGUUCUUCUCCACCCAUAAAAACGCACCCGUGUCCAUCUACGCUCCCUACCACGCCUCCCACCUUCAUUCCCAGGCAGACCUCGAGAAGAUCCUCAGGCCGCAGACGAAGGACAUUUUCAGCAACACCACAGUCAGAUAUCCCGUCUGUUCCAGUGUCACCGGCAAGCCCAUCCACGCACAGAACGGCUUCGAGCUCCUGCAGGGUGCUUUGAAAGAGAUUGUGAUUGAGCCGCUGAGAUGGGACAAGGUCUUGAAAUACUGCGCCUCUGGCAAGGCUGAGGAAGCCAAGGUCUUCGCCGUGGGUCCCACCAACCUCGCCAGCAGCGUCGUUUCCGCCCUCAAAGCCAGCACACCAAAAGUCGCCCUCGAGGAUCAGUCCCACUGGUCUACCGUGGCCCCGGCGGGAACGAAGCACUCCAAGAAAGAGGCCGACAUUGCCAUUGUUGGGUACUCCGGCCGUUUCCCUGAUGCGGCCGACAGCGAGCUCUUCUGGCAGCUGCUGGAGAAGGGUCUCGAUGUGCACAGGCCAGUUCCCCCGGACAGGUUCCCCGUCGAUUCACACACGGACCCGACCUCCAAGAAGAAGAACACUUCCCACACACCUUUCGGAAACUUCAUUGAGAAGCCCGGUCUAUUUGAUGCAAGGUUCUUCAACAUGUCGCCUCGAGAGGCGGCACAAACAGAUCCCAUGCAGAGACUGAUGCUUGCCACUGGCUACGAGGCCAUGGAAAUGGCCGGUAUCGUCCCAGGACGCACUCCUUCGACCAAGCAUGACAGAAUUGGUACCUUCUACGGCCAGACCUCCGAUGACUGGCGUGAGGUCAACGCGGCCCAGGAUAUUGAUACGUAUUUCAUUUCCGGAGGCGUGCGUGCCUUUGGUCCGGGUCGUAUCAACUAUUUUUUCAAGUUCUCCGGGCCCAGCUUCUCGGUGGAUACGGCCUGCUCUUCCAGCUUUGCUGCGAUGAACGUCGCCAUUACUUCCCUGCGAGCAAACGAGUGCGACACUGCGUUCACAGGCGGUGCCAACGUGCUCACGAACUCGGAUAUUUUCUCUGGUUUGAGCAGAGGUCACUUCCUGUCUAGAACCGGAUCGUGCAAGACUUGGGAUAACGACGCCGAUGGCUACUGCCGAGGUGACGGUGUCUGCACAGUCAUCAUGAAGAGACUCGAAGACGCCGUCGCUGACCGCGAUCCCAUCCUGGGCGUCAUUCGCGGGAUCGGCACGAACCACUCUGCAGAGGCCGUCUCGAUCACGCAUCCUUGCGCGGAAAACCAAGCUUUCCUGUUCGACAAGGUGCUCAAGGAGUGCAACGUGCACUGCAAUGAUGUCAACUACGUCGAAAUGCACGGCACCGGUACCCAGGCAGGUGAUGGCAUUGAAAUGGAGUCCGUGUCCUCAGUCUUCGCUCCACGACAGAACCGCAGGCGACCAGAUCAGCCCCUGUACGUCGGAGCGGUGAAGUCCAAUAUCGGUCACGGUGAGGCCGUCUCCGGUGUGUCUGCGCUCAUCAAGGUGAUCUUGAUGCUGCAGAAGAGCAAGAUCCCUCCCCACACUGGUAUCAAGAAACAAAUCAACAAGAACUUCGCACCCGACCUGAAGGAGCGCAAUGUUAACAUCGCUUUCCAGACCACUGCAUUCCCUCGACCUGCUGGUGGCAAGCGAACCGUGUUCAUCAACAACUUUAGUGCGGCUGGUGGUAACACGGCAAUGCUGCUCCAGGAUGGUCCAGAGGUCCCUGCGGAGCCCACGUCUGAUCCCCGAUCUACCCAGGUAGUGACAGUUUCGGCCAAGUCGCUGGCUGCGUUCAAGAAGACCGUUGCCAAGUACGAGGAGUAUCUCAACAAGAACCCCAACGUCGGUCUUCCCGACCUCGCCUAUACGGUGACGGCGCGUCGUGCGCACUACAACUACCGCGCGGCGUUCCCUGUGCAGUCCGUCUCACAACUGCAGGCAGCUCUCAAAGCCACUCAAGAUCAGACCCACAACCCCAUUCCUCUCGCCGCGCCUCAGAUCGCCAUGGCAUUCACUGGCCAGGGCUCUCAGUACACCGGCAUGGGCCAGAAGCUUUUUGAGACCUCCAAGCAGUUCCGUGGAGACAUCGAGGAGUUCAACGACAUCGCUCUCCGCCAGGGUCUCCCGUCGAUCAUGCCUCUCAUUGACGGGUCGACUGAGGUCCAGCAUCUGCCCCCCACCGUGGUGCAGCUAGGAAUGUGCUGUAUCCAGAUGGCCCUCACACGCCUCUGGGCGACCUGGGGCGUCACACCCAGCGUGGUGAUUGGCCACUCCUUGGGUGAGUAUGCCGCUCUCCAAGCCGCCGGUGUCUUGUCUGUCGCCGAUACCAUCUACUUGGUCGGGAAGCGGGCGCAGCUUCUAGAACAAAAAUGCACCGCCGGUACUCACGCCAUGCUGGCUGUCCGGUCUCCGGUCGCAGGUCUGCAGGAUGUCGUUGCCAACAGCCAAGGCAAGAUUGAGAUUGCUUGCAUUAACGGUGUCUCCGAUACUGUGCUCUCUGGCACCAUGGGCGACAUUGAUGCUGUUGCCCAAAAACUAGCGGAUGCGGGCCAGAAAUGCACUAAGCUUAAGUUGCCUUUUGCAUUCCACUCGUCUCAAGUUGACCCUAUCCUGGCGGACUUUGAAAAGCUGGCCUCGUCGGUCAAGUAUCAUGCACCCCGUGUCCCCGUCAUCUCGCCUCUUCUGAGCGACAUCGUCAACGUCGGCGGUGUCUUCGACGCGUUUUACCUCAGCAGACACUGUCGCAAGACGGUCGACUUUGUUGGUGGCCUCUCUGCCGGUAUGUCGACUGCCACCAUCAGCGAUACCUCCCUGUGGCUCGAGGUUGGCGGUCAUCCUCUGUGCGCCAGCAUGAUCAAAUCCUGCUUGUCUGCACCCACUCUGCCAACCAUGCGCCGUGACGAGGAUCCCUGGAAGAUCAUCUCCACCUCCAUGGCGGGUCUGUACACCGCCGGAAAGGCCCUCAACUGGGAUACCUUCCACAAGGAGAACGAGGCGCUCCGCGUCCUGAACGACAUGCCAUCCUACGGGUUCGACGAAAAGAAUUACUGGCUCCAGUACACUGGGGAUUGGCUGUUGUACAAGGGCGAUUACCCCAAGAGUGUGGCUCCUGCUGCAGCGGCUCCCGUGGCCACCGGGCCUGCGAAGGCCAGAAAGUACCUGUCCACCGCCGUGCAGGGAAUCGUCUCAGAGGAUGUCAAGGGCAAGGUGGCCACCAUCAUCGCCGAGUCCGACUUCUCCCACCCUAAGUUGUUCCCCGUCGUGGCGGGUCACUUGGUGAAUGGCAGCGGUCUCUGCCCAUCGACCUUGUAUGCUGACAUGGCCUACACUCUCUGCAACUACGGUGUCAACUUGAUCAAACCAGGCGAGAAGGUCGACAUCAACAUCGGCACCAUGGACAACCCCGCUCCACUGCUGCUCAAGAACAUCAACGAGCCCGAGAGCCAGAUCGUGCGCAUGACCAUGAAGAUUGACCUCGACGCCAGAAAAGCCGACUUCACCGUCACCACCAACAACGGCAAGAAGGACGUCGUCCACGCCAAGUGCGUCCUGCGCUUUGAGAACUCGGCUGCCUGGAAGGAAGAGUGGGGCAAGGUGUCGUAUCUUGUCCAAUCCAGGAUUGACAUGCUCAAGCACAAGAUGGAGAACGGCGAGGCCGACAAGGUCAGCCGUUCCAUGGCUUACAAACUCUUCGGUGCUUUGGUCGACUACUCGGAUGUCUUCCAGGGUAUGCAGAGCGUCAUCUUCGACGGCCCGGAGUUUGAAGCGACCAGCAACAUCAAAUUCCGUGCCGGUCCCAACGACGGUGACUUCUACUUCAGCCCCUACUUCAUUGACAGCGCCUGCCAUCUGUCAGGCUUCACUGUCAAUGCCACUGUCAACCGCAUGGAAGAGUGCUUUAUCUCCCACGGAUGGGGCAGUCUCCGAUUCCUCGCCCCUCUCGAGCAUGACAAGCAAUACUUCGCCUACGUCAAGAUGCAGCCUGUCGCCGGAAGCAAGAUGCGAGCUGGUGAUGUCUACGUCUUCAACUCCAGCAAGGAAAUCGUGGGUGUGGCUGGUGCCGUCCGCUUCCAGUGCAUCCCUCGCAAGUUGAUGGACGUCAUGAUGCCCAAGCCCAAGGCUGGUGCUAAGGCUGCCACCCCAGCACCAGCUCCUGUCAAGGAGACUCGUGCUGCCAAGGCUUCUACGCCCGUCGAGUCUGCCGCUCCUUCUCACAUCGAACUGCCGGCUCCCAAAGUGAAGGCCAAGAAGCCCGCCAAAACCCCCAAGGUCAAGGCUCCUGCUCCCCCCAAGUCUGCGCCUUCCUCCGGCAGCCUCGUUGCUCGGGCUUUCGACAUCAUCGCAAAGGAGAUCGAUGUUGAUCAGUCUGAACUGAACGAUGACAUCCAAUGGGCGGAUAUGGGCGUUGACAGUUUGAUGUCCUUGACCAUCUCCGGCAAAUUCCGUGAAGAUCUCGACCUGGAGGUGGACAACACCCUCUUCACUGAUCACGCCUCGGUGGGUGCUCUUCGCAAGCACCUGAGCGGCAUGUCAGUGCCGGAUGCGGCGACUGGCGGCGACGCUAGCUCUGUCGAAUCGACUGAUUCUGGCUCAGAGAGCGACGACGAAACUGUCGAGUCCGGUAUCACCACCCCCGACACGGAAGACUUCCCUGCCAAACCUGAAGACCAGGCCAAGUCUGCUGCCGUGGAAGCUGUGGCCCAGCCGCCCUCGGCCGCAGGUGGCGACAUGAUCGAAACCAUCCGGCAAGUGAUUGCCCAGGAAAUGGAGAUGGACCUGGCCGAGAUUACCGAGACUACCGAUCUCAGCAACUUGGGCAUGGACUCUCUGAUGGCCCUCACCGUUCUCGGCAAGCUUCGUGAGGACCACGACAUUGAUCUCGACCCCACUAUUUUGGCUGACAACCCAUCCCUUGGUCAUUUGCGAAAGGCCCUGGGUCUCGAAAAGCCCAAGGUCGCUCCACCUACAGCCCAGAAGCAUGAGGUUAGAACCAGCGUUGUUGUUGCCCCGGCCGCUCCUCCCGUCGAGGUUGUUGUCCAGAUGCCUCCUGCCACGUCGGUGUUGCUCCAGGGAAACCCUAAGACGGCCACCAAGAACCUCUUCUUGUUCCCUGAUGGAUCGGGCUCCGCCACCUCUUACGUGUCGAUCCCAGCCAUUGACAGCAAGAACCUGGCCGUCUAUGGUCUCAACUGCCCCUUCAUGAAGGAUCCUACGAACUACACCUGCGGGAUUGAAGGUGUAUCCAAGCUCUACCUUGAAGAAGUGAUGCGCCGACAGCCGAUGGGUCCUUACAUCCUGGGUGGUUGGUCUGCUGGCGGUGUCGUCGCCUACGAGGUCACCAGACAGCUCAGUGACCUGCAGAAGCUGCAUCCUGACCGCAACUACUCGGUCGAGAAGCUGAUCCUGAUCGACUCACCUUGCCCAAUCCGACUCGAGCCCCUGCCGGCUCGUCUGCACCACUUCUUUGAUGAGAUCGGGCUUUUGGGCACCGGUACGGGCAAGACGCCCAACUGGCUGUUGCCUCACUUCGAAUACAGCAUCAAGGCAUUGACCGCCUACCGUCCAGAGUUGAAGUCGACCCAUGAUUUCAAGGCACCCCCGACAUUGCUCAUCUGGGCGACCGAUGGUGUCUGCGGCAAGCCUGGUGACCCGCGACCUCCGCCACAAGCGGAUGAUCCCAAGAGCAUGAAGUGGCUCCUGGAGAACCGAAACGACUUCGGCCCCAACGGCUGGGACAAGCUUUUGGGAGUUGACGUGUGCAAGAUGGUCACAGUGGUUGGGAACCACUUUACGAUGAUGAAGCCUCCGGUGGCCAAGGGCGUUGGUCAGUUCAUCCGCGAGGCUCUUCUGUCUUAG